AUGUCUAAUACUUACGACGAGUUCAACGGAAAGGUAGUACUGAUCACCGGCUCGAGCGCCGGUAUCGGAGCGGCCGCUGCAUUAGAGUUCGCUAAAUGCGGGGCUCAUGUGGUGAUCACCGGUCGAAAGGCGCAGACAGUGAAGGAAACCGCCGAAGAGUGCCGUAAAGUUUCACCAAAAGGCUUGAAAGCCCUGGAAGUGGUCGUAGACAUCAGUAAACUGGAUGACUGCAAACGACUCGUUGACACCACUAUUAAAACUUUCGGAAAACUGGAUGUUUUGGUGAAUAACGCCGCGUACGGAGACAUCACCAAAAUAGCUGAUCCACAGCUCAUUGACAAGUAUGAGAUGGUUAUGAACACAAACCUCCGGUCAGUCAUAUAUUUGACUCAAUUAUCUGUCGAGCAUUUGGAGAAAACUAAGGGAAAUAUCAUAAAUGUUUCAGCGAUUGCCGGCAUUAGACCCAGUGCUAUGGGGUUUCUAUACGGUAUGUCCAAAAGUGCCCUGGACAUGUUCAGCAAGUGUAUGGCACUGGAAUUGGGACCCAAGGGUAUUCGUGUCAAUAUUGUUAAGUAA